AUUCUGCAGAUGAAGAAUAUGUUUUUGGCCGAUGUUCUUGAACUGUAUAAAAGAUCACAGAAUGCGAAAAAUUCGACGAACAAUGCAGAAUCAAUAGCCUCGUGCGAAAAGGUCCGAAUAGCAACCGAGAGGAUAUUCAGUUUCCUUCACAUGUCACGGUCUAAUAUUUCGCGCUGGCAAAAGGAUAAGUUGUACCGUACAAUGAAAGACGUAGUAGAUUACAUGAACCAGGCCCGAUUAUCAAACUCCUUCCCUCAGAACCAGAAUCAACGAGCUCAGAUCAAUGGUUUGAACCAGACGAGACCAUCUGGGCCGUCCAAUCAGUCGGGACUCGAUCACAGGGCCCACAGCAUUUUUCUCAGCCCAACACAGCCCAAUAACGAUGGAGUUCUUGGCCGAUUGGAUUCUGUUACACCCAUUUCCCCUGAUCUGGAGAAAAAGCAGCUAAAGGAACAAGCAGUUGUUAAGAGGCUCAAAAGCACGCAAAAUUCUCCAAGAUUUAAUCAGAGAUUGUCUCGAGUGUCUUGUGGUAGUGCUUCGGCUCUGAAUUCGCAGAAAUCGAGCUUGCCGGCUUCGCCAUUGUCAUCUUCUUCUUCUAAGCUUUCUAAAUCUGUUGCGAUUUCUCCUUUGACUCCAUUGACUCCGAACUUGAAGCCGGUGGAUUUCGCUAAGAGCCCUUUGUCGGUUGACGAUAGCAGCAAAUUUUCUGCAAAUUCGGGUGAUCGGCUGUUGAAGGAAGAAGAAGCAAGAAGAAAGAUAAUUUCCACGGACGAGAAGCUUUUGGAGAAGUCUGGUGUGACAUCUGUUUCACACAGAGCUUUGAAUUCUGCCAUACAGGAUAUGAAUGUUAUCGCCAGCUUAACUGAUAGGAUAGCCGAGAGUUUUCUCCAUAGUGAUUCUCCCCGAAUCUUGGCUGAUGAUAUUAGAUAUUCGAUGGCAAAGGAUCAAUUUGAAACCACGACUUGCCAGGAAAUUGUGACUGAAACGGGAUUUUGCAACACUAACAAUGUUGAGAAAAGACUGAAUAAAAAGGCUAGUGACGAGCUGUUUGAAGAGAUUCAGGCAAUCAAUCAGAGGGUCAUGGAAGUGAAGGUUGAUGUAAUGAACAUUGACGAAGUUUCGAGGACCGGAUUUGAUGAAUGUGCUCUUAUUCGCUGCUCGUAUGUUCCCAUAGGACCUGCUUCUCAACAGAUGAUUCAUAAACUGAACCUGGAAUUGAUCGUGCCUCCCAAUUAUCCCAAUUUCUCUCCUACUGUGGCCGAAAAAAUGCCUUCUGAUUGCGGUGAGUCUGAGGAAGGUAAAAGUCUGUGGAGAAAGGCAAAAUCGAACUUGGGUUUAAGACUCAGACCAUUUUCUCAGCCCAUAUCGGUCAAACAGAUUGCUCGAGCUUGGGAAAUUAGCGCUCGAGAAGUUUUUCUCGAGUAUGCAGUGCAAAUGGGAGGGGGUAGCUUCAGUUCAAGAUAUGGUGAAUGGUGUUGUUCUAGGUGA